CUGUCGAUUGUUGAUUACUUACCCCUACAGUGUACGACAAUGGCUGACAGCGCGGAUGAAACAGUCCCUGCUUCCAAACCAGAGGUAUUUUACAACUAUCGGGAGAGGAUUAAAUGUUCCCCAGAGGAAGAUGCGCGAUUAGAGAGACAACAUUUCUGGAAAGUCAUCAAUGCAUUUAAAUACUACAGAAUUCAUGUUUAUGAACGUGUGAACCGAGCCGAGCGGCAGUUCCGAUGCCUUCCAGAUCACCACCAGCAACUUCUGACAAACUUCCUUCCCAAUCUGAACAAGAUACGCUACUGCGUCGACCGAAACCAAGAGGUGCUGCAGGCCAUAGUGCACAACUGCCUCCAUAUGUUUGAGAACAUGGAAUAUGGACAGGAUGGUGACCCAAGGAAGGUGCGGCCCUCCACGACUUUUGACAUGGACAAGCUGAAGUCAACCAUAAAGCAGUUUGUCCGUGACUGGAGUGAAGCAGGAAAGGCUGAAAGGGACAGUUGCUAUAAACCUAUUAUAGAAGAGAUCCAGAGACUGUUUCCUCCUGACCAGUGUGAUGUGUCUCAGGUCAGAGUGUUAGUGCCGGGGUCGGGUCUGGGACGGCUUGCAUGGGAAAUCGCUCAUUUGGGCUAUUCGUGCCAAGGCAACGAGUGGAGUUUCUUCAUGCUCUUCUCCUCUAACUUUGUUCUGAACAGGUGUGAUAAGGAAAAUGCACUGACUCUGUAUCCCUGGAUUCACCAGUUCAGUAAUAACAAAAUGUCCUCAGAUCAGACAAGACCUGUGUCCUUUCCUGAUGUCAAUCCACAGAGCCUCCCAGAAGACUCCGACUUCUCUAUGGUCGCUGGAGACUUCCAGGAAGUAUACAGUGAACCUGAAAUGUGGGAUUGUGUUGCUACUUGUUUUUUCAUUGACACCGCCCACAAUGUUCUCGAUUACAUUGAAACCAUCUGGAAUAUUCUAAAACCUGGUGGUGUCUGGAUCAAUUUGGGUCCACUUCUUUAUCACUAUGAGAAUAUGGCCAAUGAAUUGUCCAUUGAGCUGAGCUAUGAAGAAAUAAAGGCUGUCAUUUUAAAAUAUGGAUUUGUCAUGGAGCUGGAAAGAGAGUCUGUUCCCAGCACGUACACAGAGAACGACCGCUCCAUGCUCAAGUACCUUUAUGACUGUGUCUUUUUUAUCAUACGGAAACCUGCAGAACAGCUGAUCAACGGAGAUCAGACACCAAAAGAUGGCCAGACUGAGGAUUCUUUACAGAAAACAAGCUCAACAUGACAUUUAAAAGAGAGAAGCUCUGGACGAAUUCACAGACAUACAGUAUGGCCCAAUAAUAAACUGAUGCUUUUAAUCAUGAAUGCCAACAUUAUAGCAUAUUCCUGGUAAUACAGCAAGACUGGAGCUUUAUUAUGUGCUGAAUUAUCUUUAUAUUUACCAAAAAUGUUAUGUUUUGGUGCUUUGCAUUCGUAUUCCUCAGGUUUUCGGUGCUGCUUCAGACAUACAUUCAGUGUUUUCUUGCAAUUAUUUACAGUAUCAGAGUUUCUAUGUCCAAAAUCAUAUUUACAGUCUGAAUAUGAGCCUCUGGAUCUUGCGCAAUUAUUUCAGCCUCUCCUAGGAAAAAUGUUGACCAUCAAAUUGUACUAGUUGGCAGAACUAAAAUAAAAGUUGUUUUAAACU